UGCAGGGGAGAGGUCAACAAAUUAAAGUGCACAGUAGAAUUCAUUGCUACCACGUUUCUUCACAUCCUUAGUUGAAAUUCCUUCUCCCUCCCUCCCUCAUUAUAUAUGUAUCUAUGUAUGUAUAUACAAUCACUUAUAGCUUCUUAUAAUAUCUAUAAUAAUCACAGUCAGAGGCAAAAGCACAGGCAGCCAUGGAAGGCGAUCACAGCAUUUACCGAGAAUGCCUGAGGAACCACGCCGCCAGCCUCGGCAGCUACGCCACCGACGGCUGCGGCGAGUUCACCCUCGACGACACUAUCCCCAACCUCAACCUCAACUGCGCAGCUUGCGGAUGCCAUCGCAACUUCCACCGCAAGGUCGUCACCCACCACAUCUACCCGCAGCUGCACCACGAUUUCACUGCCACUGCCACUCCGCCGGCUGCCGAGACGACGACGACGACGAUGAUGAUGGACUACAGAGAGUCGUCGAGAUCGAGGUCGUCGAAGAGGUUCCGGAGCAAGUUCACAGAGGAGCAGAAGGAACAAAUGCUAGGGUUUGCUGAGAAGCUGGGGUGGAGGCUGCAGCGGAAAGACCCAGCGGCAGAUGGAGACGACGACGAGAUCGAGAGAUUUUGCCGCGGAAUCGGAAUCAGCCGGAAAGUGUUCAAAGUGUGGAUGCACAAUCACAAAAACUCGUCGUCGCCAUCUCCAUCGCCAUCGCAUUCGGCUGCUGCUUCCACUGGGAAUAAUGCUUCUUCUCUUACGGAUCAUCGUUAGCUACACUGCACAACAAUAUUAAUCAAUCCCUGCUGGCCGGGAGGGGAUCACCAGCCCCCU